UGAGAAGAUGUCUUUUUUGAAGGAAAACAAGAUGUGCUUUGGAUGUCUGUGCAUUGGGCACAUGAGUAAAUAUUGCAGAAAACGUUUAUUGUGUAGAGUAUGCAACUUUAAGCACCCCACAUUGCUGCAUGUCCACUCCAAAGCAAAACAAAUGAGCGCAAUACAGGCUAAUAAUGACUUGGAAGUGGCUAGAGAAGGUGCUCUGAUGUCUGUGCAGUCUAGUGGCUUGACUGGGGCCGGUAGACUGGACUGUACGUUCUCUAUCCUACCUGUACAGGUGAAGUCCAAAAGGGGAAACGAGACUGUGGUCACAUAUGCAUUCUUGGAUCCAGGGAGUACUGCCUCAUUUUGUACAGAACGACUUAUGAACCGGCUGAAUCUGACAGGAAGGAAGCUGGGAAUACUCCUCAGGACUAUGGGUCAAGAAAAGGUUGUGGACAGCUACAUGUUGUCUGGUUUAGAAGUUGCUGGGCUGGAUUCAGACAACUUUUGUAGUUUGCCUGAGAUGUUUACACAGAGAAGCAUGCCUGUACAUCAAGGGAACAUACCACACUCAAAAGAUCUCAUAAGAUGGCCACACCUUAGUGAUAUAAAAAUCCCAGAGAUCAAUGCGGAUGUGGACCUUCUGAUUGGGACCAAUGUACCUCGAGUUCUAGAGCCAUGGGAGGUGGUUCGUUCAGUGGAUGGAGGUUCUUAUGCAAUCAGGACCAUCUUGGGUUGGACAGUGAAUGGCCCGCUCAGAGGAGACUACCAGAUCAGUGACCAGUAUGUGCUUCCUGACAUUAGAGUGAAUCGGAUCUCUGUGGCCAGGCUUGAUGAGCUUUGGGAGAAGCAGCUGAAGGUUGAUUUCCCUGAGACCCUGCAUGAAGAACAAUCUGGGCUAUCAAGGGAGGAUCAGCGCUUCAUGAAGUCUGUUUUAGAGUCGGCCAAGCUCAUUGAUGGUCAUUACAAUAUUGGUCUGCCAGUAAAGCAAAGACAUUUUAAAAUGCAAAACAAUAGGACAGUUGCAAUACAGCGUGCAUUGAGUCUCAAAAGACGUUUGAAUAAAGAUCCGUCUUUUUGUACAAACUACACCACAUUCAUGUAUGAAAUGCUGGCUAAUGGUUAUGCAGAGAGAGUUCCAACUGAGCAGCUGGCCCGUUGUGAUGGGAGGGUGUGGUAUAUACCGCACCAUGGGGUAUAUCACCCAAAAAAGAAGAAGCUGCGGGUAGUUUUUGACUGUGGUGCCACAUUUCAGGGGACAUCACUGAACUCACAACUUCUGCAAGGACCAGACCUCACAAGUUUGCUUGUAGGAGUCCUCACAAGAUUCCGUAAAGAACCUGUGGUGCUCAUGGCAGAUGUUGAGGCCAUGUUUCAUCAGGUCAGAGUGCCAGCUGAGGACUGUGAUUUGUUGAGGUUCUUGUGGUGGCCAGGAGGAGAUUGUAGUCAGGAGCUGGUGGAGUUCAGAAUGGUGGCACAUCUAUUUGGCGCUACUUCCUCCCCUAGUUGUGCCUGUUUCGCUCUGAGGAAGUGUGCUGAGGACAAUCGUGAGCAUUUCAGUCCUUUGGCUAUUAACACAGUCUUACACCAUUUUUAUGUUGAUGACUGUUUAGUGUCUGUUUGCUCUGAAGAGGAAGCUGUGUCUUUGUGUGGAGAGCUCAUCAUGUUGUGCGCUAAAGGUGGGUUUAAACUCACAAAAUGGAUUAGUAACCGACGCACAGUCCUUGCUACUAUCCCUCAGGAGGAGCGAGCCAAAGAAGUGAAAGAUCUGGAUCUGGACAGUGAUGCCUUGCCUGUUGAGCGUGCCCUUGGUGUGCAGUGGUGUGUACAGUCUGACUCAUUCAAGUUUAAAAUCAUCCUCAAAAACCGACCAAUCACAAGAAGAGGAAUAUUGUCUGUGAUCAGCUCGGUCUAUGACCCACUUGGUUUUCUGGCACCCGUUGUUUUGUCUGCCAAGAUAUUCCUCCAAGGCCUUUGUCGGAAGCGUCUGGGAUGGGAUGACCCUUUGCCUUGCUCUGUCACCAGAGAAUGGAUGUCCUGGCUGGAGGACCUUCAUCACCUUGAGAAUUUCAAAGUCAGUAGGUGCUUAAAACCUGUUGACUUUGGUGACCUUGUUUCUGCUCGGCUCCACCACUUUGCAGAUGCAAGUGAGGAGGGAUUUGGAACUGUGACUUACCUACUACUCCAAGACAACAAAGGACAUUUUCACAGUUCAUUUGUGAUGGGGAAGGCACGUGUCGCUCCUUUAAAACCCAUCACCAUUCCCUGUAUGGAGCUUACUGCUGCAGUCGUGGCUAGUAGGAUGGACAAGUUGUGGAGACAGGAAUUGCAAAUGGACCUUCAGGAGUCAGUUUUUUGGACAGACAGCACAUCUGUUUUGAAAUACAUAAAAAAUGAAACAUCAAGAUUCAAGAUAUUUGUUGCAAACAGAGUGUCUGAAAUACUAAAGCUGUCUGACAUCUCUCAGUGGAGAUACGUGAACACAUCUAACAACCCUGCGGAUCUUGCUUCCAGAGGUGUUAAAGUUCAGUCCUUUCUGAAGACUGGUGUGUGGCUCUGCGGUCCUGAUUUUCUAUGCGAGCCUGAAAUCAGGUGGCCCGAAAACCCUGAGAUCUUGGAAAGUUCUCUUGUUGGAGACCCAGAGGUUCGGACUGAGUUGGUAAAUACUGUUCAAGUUGAGCAGGUCAGUCCAAUGGAGAAGCUCAUUGGUUACUUUUCCUCCUGGCUUCGUCUCAAAAGGGCUGUGGGUUGGUUUCUCAAGUUUAAGACAGUGCUGGUGUCUCUGGUACAACAUCGAAAGCUGCUGAGAGAAACUCUUAUUCAAUCUGACCUGAAUGCCGAGCAGCUGGAAAAAGAAGUACAGGCUCAGAUGAAAAAUGUUAAAGCUCAAUUGCCAAAAUGUUUUCUGUCCAUGGAAGACAUGGUUGUGGCCGAAUCAGCUAUAAUUUGUUUUUGUCAAAGAACAAGAUUUCCAGAGGAACUGGCCAACUUGGAGAAAGGGCAAGGUGUGAGAAGGACGAGUCACCUUUUCAAGCUAAGUCCGUUCCUGGAUGGUGGUCUUAUUAGGGUCGGGGGGCGGCUUAGUAGAGCUUCUAUGCCAGUUGAAGCUAAGCAUCCAGUUAUACUGGCAAAAGAUCUGUACAUCUCUAAUUUGAUUCUCCAUCAUGUACAUGAAGUAACAGGACAUAGUGGACGAAACUACAUGCUGUCUCAUCUGCGUCAGAAGUAUUGGAUUCCUGGCGCCUGUGUUGCCAUAAGAAGAAUUCUGGCCAAGUGUGUCAUCUGCCGUCGUUUGUCUGCUGCUCCUGGACAUCAAAAAAUGGCCGAUCUUCCUCAUAACAGAAUUACUCCUGAUGAGCCUCCUUUUAGUAGAGUUGGUUUGGACUGCUUUGGACCAUUUGAGGUCAAGCGUGGAAGAGCUGUGGUCAAGAGGUAUGGGCCCAUUUUUACCUGCCUGGCGAUACGAGCCAUACACCUUGAAGUGUUAUCAUCUUUGGACACAGACUCAUUUAUUAAUGGUCUCAGAAGAUUUAUUGCACGUCGUGGUCAAGUCCUGGAAAUCCGUUCAGAUAACGGUACUAACUUUGUGGGCGCUGAACGAGAAUUAAGGAAGGCCAUUGAAAAGCUGAACCACAAACUCAUAAAUGACGUGCUGCUACAAAAAAAUGUGAAAUGGGUUUUCAACCCUCCAGCAGCAUCACACCAUGGAGGUGCUUGGGAAAGGUUGAUCCGUUCAGUUCGUAAGGUGCUCAACUCUAUUUUGAAGACUCAGACCUUGGACGAAGAAGGCUUGGUGACUGUGUUUUGUGAGGCUGAAUCUAUUGUUAACAGCCGUCCAAUAACAAAAGCAUCAACAGAUCUUCAAGAUCUGGAAGCAUUAACACCUAACCAUCUACUUCUUCUCAAGACACAGCCGUUGUUGCCACCUGGAGUGUUUGAGAAGGAGGAUCUGUACGCUCGUCGUCGGUGGAAACAAGUGCAGUAUAUGGCGGAUCUGUUCUGGAAGCGCUGGGUGAAGGAGUAUCUUCCUGAGCUUCAGGAGCGCCAGAAAUGGAAUACUGCACGGAGAAACUUCGUUCCUGGAGAUCUAGUGGUGCUAGUGGAUGAUAUGGCACCGCGCAAUACUUGGACUACAGGAAGAAUUGUGGACACUGUUCCAGACAAAAAUGGACUAGUUCGGCGUGUACGGAUUAAAACUAAAACAAGUUGUUUGGACAGGCCUAUAACCAAAAUCUGUCUUCUGCAGGAAGCGGAAGAGCAGUGAAGACCUGUGGAUUAU